UUUGAACGCAGCAUUUUUAUAAAAAGAAACAUUUUGUGCAAUAUUCUUGGAAAAUAUUUAUUUCGAAUAAUGGAUAACAUUGUCAUGUUGAAGCUAAUUGACAGUGCCCUUAUGAAAUUAAAUUUGCUGGACGUGUUUCCAAAGAAUUUUGACCAAAUCCUUGAACCGUUAAAACGAUUCUCAUUUCGGCAAUUUUUGGAACAAAAAAUCGAAGCCUUGGAAGAAUUUCGUCAACAAAUCAUUGACUUCGAAUUCCUGAGCAUUGACGGCUAUUAUAAACUUUCAUCUUCGUCAUCCAUGAGGUCAGAGGAAGAACUCUUUAGUCGUGAAAAAUAUUACAGUUAUGUAGAACUAGUCAGAUAUUUACGCAGACAGCUGGGGAAUCUCACCCGCCUGUAUGAUCUCCAUCACCUGCAAAUGUUGGACGAUUUUAGUAUAGAAAUUUCUAGAAAUAUUUUUGUAAGCAGAUGGGAAAAAGCUAGGAAAGAACAGCUCAUACAGAUGCAAACUUUAGAAUAUCAAGAGCUAGAAAAUCAAACGAAUCAAUCCUUAGCCGAAAUUCAAACGGCCCUAGACUCUCGCCAAGUUAUUGAUAAGUUCACCGCAUAUGAAUUUAAAAGAAUAGAAGAUCUCAUCGAACACUGGAUGGCGAAAUUCGAACGGGAGAAAACUUUGGUCGAAUCAGGACUCCAACGGGCUCGUUCCAAGAAAAGACACUGGGAAGAUAUGAUUCAGGAAUACGAACGUCGAACAGAGGAAAUCGAACGACUGGAAACGCUGGAAGCAGAAUACAUCGAUCACUUCGAAAAGACUGCCAGCGCUAAAAUUAUACAAGCUUGGUGGCGAGCCAAUCUAAAGCGCCGAGGGAUCGUACUGCAGCCAAAAAGACGUAAACGCGCAGCAAAGAAGGGUAAAAAGAAAGGUUUGAAUAAAAAAUAAAAUAACUCUACUCUACAUGGUUCAUAAUUGUAAAAGCUUGCGUGUUUUUCAAACUAGCUCGAAAGCCAAUGAUAAAAUUAUUCAUGUGAACAUGGCAACAACACCAACAAAAUCAACGAAAUACCAAA